GUUCGAAGCGCCGUCGCGAUGACCCUCAUCGAUUCCAAAACCAAAGCCGACAUGAGCAUUCUGAGCGAGAUAUCCGGUAUCCCCACCACGGAGGACAGACGGAGUCUCCUGGAGCGACUGGAGCAAACCGUCCGCGACCAUCCCGAUGCCUUGGCAUCGAUCUGCGCCCACCAAAGCCCUGGUUUGUACGGACUUGGAGGUCAUGAGAAGAAUGGAACCAGCACAGAAUCACCACCGGCGCAUCCGCGCGUAACAUAUAGCGAGUUUUAUCGGGGGGUCAAGCAGCUCGCCGCGUCUUUGAAGGGCCUGGGGCUCGGAGACGGGUCUCCGCUAUUCGUUAUCCUCGGAAAUAGCGUCGAACACACGCUCUCAACAUGGGGCGCGUAUAGGGCGGGCUGCACCCACGUAUCGAUCAACCCACAGAGUCUUGCAAAUGCAGCUGAGGCGCGGCACAUGGUUAAGACCGCGUUGGACGUCCAGAAGGCGCCGACGGCGGCGGUGGUCGUGAAGGACCGGGAGAUGGCCAAGCAAUGGGAUCAUUUGUUCCCCGACCUGGACUGUGUUAAGAUCGCGGUGGAGGAAGCAACCGGUGCUUGGCUCUCAUUCGGCAAAGUCAUGGCGUCGACGGUUGGCAAUGCGUCAGACAACAACGUCAACGGGCAACCCUCGAGCGAAAGGCGCGCGGAAACGUCCAUCUUCUUCACGAGCGGCACAACGUCUCUGCCAAAAGGCUGCAUCAUAGAUGUGUCUGCGUGGGUUACCGCUCUUGAGACUCGUUCCACCUUGGGCGCAGUUUCAAGGGGGGAUAAAAUCCUGGUUCUUAUCCCAAGUAGCCAUGCUUUUGGGUGCAUGUCAAUGAUACUUCCUCUCACUCGUGGCGGAACAAUCGUCUACACUUCGUAUCUAGGCUUCAACCCUAAUGUGACAAUGGAGACUAUGCGGCGAGAAGAAUGCACGCAUCUCGUUCUGGUCUCGACUCUGUCACAUGCUCUGAUCACGGCCAAUCCAUCGGCCCAUAGGGGAAUCAAGCCUCUGGAAACGGUUGUCUUUGGUGGAAUGGGUCCUUCCCCGCCUCUGGUCGCGGAAUUCCGACGAACCUUUUCCCCUCGCUCGAUCGAGAAUCUAUACGGUAUGACGGAAGGUGCUUUCUGUUCGACUGGGCGCGUGGAAAACGUCGACGCCAUCACCAAAGAUGGCUGCAUCGCGGCGGGCUUGCCAACUUGGGGCGGCAAAGUGCGCAUCUGCGCGCCAGGGACCCAGACGCCGGUUCCUCGAGGAACACCCGGGGAGUUCCAUUACAGCGGGUAUCAGAUAGUCAAGGGAUACUUGGGAGUCGAAAGCAAGGACUUCUAUCAUGAUAAAGACGGCCGGGUCUGGUUCAACACGGGUGAUCAGGCGGUCAUCCAUACGGAUGGCCUACUCUAUACCCUCGGGAGAUAUAAGGAGCUGAUUGUGCGCGGUGGAAAGAACAUCUCGCCCUCGGCCAUCGAGUCCACCUUGGGCCAGAAGCCGGAGCUGUAUGCUCUGAAUCCGCAAGCGGUCCCUCUUCCUGAUCCCGUGGCGGGUGAGGUGCCCGUGAUUGUGGUCAACCGGACCAUCACCCACGAUGUAGUCCGGAAGAUCAUGGAUACCGUGCUUGAAAACAUGGGACCAAUGUAUAUCCCUAGCAAGAUCAUAUCCAUCGAGACUCUGGGCAGGCAAGACUACCCGCGUACCAGCUCAGGGAAGGUGCAGAAAGGGAGCCUGGCCGCUUUAGUGCGUCAAUACGAAGAGACGCUGGCAUCGGUGGACCCUGAUAUUCCAUCGACUGGCACGUCCAGUAUUGGCGAUAAAGUGGCUCAUAUUUGGGCCGGAACCCUUGGGCUGUCCGCCACAGAGUUGGACCUGCAUGCCAAACUAUCAGAGCGCAGUGACAGUAUUACUUCGAUGAGGGUUCACUCCAAAGUCCGUCGCGAAACGGGCCGGGAUGUCUCCUUCGCCGCGUGGUCUUCUGCGGACACCAUCGCAGGCCAGGCGAAGCUCUUUGAACAUGCCACGGUUAUGGGCCAGGGAAAGAAAGCACCUGUAGUAGCCAAAAUCCGGCAAGGGGGACCGAAAGCUGAAGAUAUGGCCCAUCUCACAGCGGAUCCAUCACGGUUCAAUGCAACCCAGGAGCUCAUCAACAAAGCAAUCGGUCCACAUCAGCUCUCUUGGGAUGAUGUCGCAGACGUCAUUCCAACGACAGAUCAUAUUGAUCUCCUGGUCCGAAGCCAUGUUAUGGAUUUCAUGGAUGUCCAUAUCUCGGUGCUGACAUUGAAUGCAGAUUCACAGCGCCUUCGCUCGGCCCUCGAAGCAGCCCUCGCCGUUAACCCUCUUUUACUGUCCUUUAUCGUCAUAGAUGAGACGUUUCAUGUAGCUGAUCGGGCGCUUUACGUCACCAUCCAUCCCACCAGGAAGAUACUUGACCAGUGUAUCAUAGACUAUGGUGUGCUGGAAAGCAUGGAGGACGUGUAUAGGAUCAAGAGGCGUUGGCCGGAGGAGUACAUUAUAUCAAUGCCCGGUCCUCUUUGCCGGUUUCUCAUCGCUUUUGUGAAAGAAACCAACAGUACAGUUCUGAUUAUGAGAAUCUCCCAUACCAUCAUGGACGCAACAUAUCAUGACAUCUUUGCAGAGGAUCUUGAUCGGGCCCUCGGCGGGCAGACACUCGAGCCCCAUAUCCCCUUCAAAGCAUGGGCAGACACCUUCUACCAUAUGCAGUAUUCCCCGACUGCUCAGCCAGCCCUGGAUUACCAUGCAGGUCAGAUGCAGGUACUAAAGACUCACAAGCCAGUAACCUGGCCGACGCCGACGCCCACGCUUGUAGUUUCCCCGGAUCGGAUCGACGACGACGUGCCGGCGCUGAAGUUUGACCUUUCCGGCCUCCUGGCGCUUCGUCGCCAUCAUCCCGACAUCACCCCACCCACCAUCCCCAAAGCUGCAUUGAGUCUGCUGGCUCUUUACCACACCAAGCACACACAGGCUAUACUCUUCAACCUGGAGGCAGCCCGCUCUGGGUUUCCGUUCCUUCCUCCUUCGGUAUCGGAGCUGGGGUCAUUCAACGCGGCCGACGUCGCUGGCCCCUUGGUCACAGGAAACAUCCAAGCCAUUACCUACGAUCCCAAUGAAACCGUCCUGCGGCUCCUUCAGCGUAUGCAGGAACAGCAACGGCUAGUUACGAAGCACGCCAAUGCCCCGUGGCGCCGAAUCAUGGAGAAAAUGCCCAUCCUGGCUGAUCUCUACCCCGAGGCUGCCGAUGCCUUGUUGUUCAACUGGACGGGGGCUAACACGUUUGAAGAAAGUGGCACCAGGCAGCUGUAUCAGAAUAUCCAAGCGCCGCAUAUCUUCUUCCGGCCCAAGACCGGAUUGAUGGUGGAUGCAGGCCUGACUGGGAAGGACGGUACGGAUUUGGUGGUGAGCAUGACAGGGACAAUUGCCAACACGUCCGGAGACUGUAUUGACCGGCUGGGCGAGGGGUUUCGGCGGAUCAGCACCUGGCUUGUCGCGCAGGAGAAUUGGGGGCGGCCGGUGAAGGACUUCCCGGAGUGUUUGGGGGUGGUUUGUUAGUCUGAUGACAGGAUUUCGAGUAGAUUCGUCAAUCGGUGUUAGUAUAAGUAGACAGAGAGAAAGUAUGAAGCAAGUCUGGCGCAG